AUGGAUCGUAGUAGAGAUAAGGAUACGAUCCCUCUGCCAUCGGCAGACACAGUGAACCCAAACUAUGCUUCGUCGUCGACGUCUUCGAUAGGGAAUAAUAGCGACGCGGGUGGCAGCGAGGCGACCUCACCAUCGAGUCCAACGUCACCUCGCACGACAGCAGCCAUCAAGAAGAAGGCCGGCUCUUCAUUGCGCCCCAACAAGCCAAAGAAGAAGUCCAAGCCUCUCAAGAGGACAAAGAAGAGAAAGUACAUUGGCGAGAACAGGAGUAUAUUCGUCAAUGACCCGACGAGGAACGUGACGUCCAAGUUCCGUGACAACACGAUCAAGACCACCAAGUACACCUACUGGUCGUUCAUCCCCAAGAACCUGUACGAGCAGUUCAGACGUGCGGCCAACUUCUAUUUCCUCAUCAUUGCCAUCAUCCAGCUGAUCCCUAUCCAAGCAUCUCCCGUCAACCCCCUGACCACCGUCAUCCCUCUAAUCUUUGUGUUGUCAGUAACUGCCAUCAAGGAAGCAGUAGAGGAUAUUAAACGUAGAAAGUCAGAUAGUAAGAUCAAUAACUUACCAGCAAGAGUGUUCCGUGGUAACUCGUUCGUCGAGGUACCAUGGCGUCACGUGUCGGUGGGAGAGAUCGUUCGUGUUAAUAAGGGCGAGAGAUUCCCUGCCGACUUGGUGCUGCUAAACAGCUCCGAGCAACAUGGUAUCUGCUACAUCGAAACGUCGAACCUCGAUGGUGAGACCAACUUGAAGCAGAGACAGGCGCUGCCACAGACAUACGAGUAUCUCAGAAGCGAUGAGGAUCUCACCAUGUUCAAGGGCUUUGUCGAGUGCGAGCAUCCCAACAACGUCAUCUACGUGUUCCACGGCUCGCUGGCCCUCGGCAACAGCCCCUCCGACAUCAAGUACGCCCUAUCCAACACGCAGACACUACUCCGUGGCUGUGUGCUCAGAAACACCGACUGGAUCUAUGGCAUCACCGUGUAUACCGGCGAGGACACAAAGAUCAUGCAGAACUCCACCGACGCACCCAGCAAGCGCAGCACCCUCGAGAAACUUGUGAACCGCGCACUCAUCAAUCUGUUCUCGAUCAUGUUCCUGGUGUGCGUCGUUGCAACAGUCGUCUCGGUCGUCAGCACCAGCAACCAUCUGAACGACUUCUACAUGGACUACAGCUCCAAGGACGUCGCAGCGGCGGGCAAGAACUUCCUGUCGUUCAUGAUCACCUUUGCCGUUAUGAUCCCCAUCUCGCUGUACGUGUCGCUCGAGCUAGUCAAGGUGGCGCAGGCCAUCUUCAUCUCGUGGGACCGCGAUAUGUUCCACCGCGAGUCUGGCACGCCAGCACAGUCACGCACAUCAAACCUGAGCGAGGAGUUGGGUCAGAUCGAGUACAUAUUCAGUGACAAGACAGGCACACUAACUAGAAACCAGAUGGACUUUUUGAGAUGUUCGAUUGGAGGCAUUGCCUAUGGCGCUGACUCUGGCGAGUCGUCGAGCAACAACGAGGGCAUCCCAGGCGCAGACCCCAACUUUGGUUUCAAGGAUCGCAGGCUCAUCGAGCAUCUCGACGAGGGCUCGCACCAGUCGGACCUCAUUCACCAGUUCCUCACGUUGCUCGCCGUCUGCCACACCGUCAUUGCCGAUCGUCCCAACAAGGACGACAGCGUUAUUGACUACGAAGCCUCCAGUCCAGAUGAGGCCGCGCUGGUCACCGCAGCCAAGAACCUCGGCUACGCCUUUUACAAUCGUCAACCAACGAUGAUCACAAUCAGAGUGCGUGGCAAGCUUGAGCAGUUUGAGUUCCUCAACAUUCUCGAAUUCAACAGUGAUCGCAAGCGUAUGUCGAUCGUCGUUCGUGACGCUGAGGGACGCUUCAUAAUCUACACCAAGGGUGCAGACACCACCGUUCUGCCAUUGCUCAGGAAGGACCAGGAUGAGAUCCACACGACCACCUUGGAGCACUUACAGGACUUUGCCGCUGAGGGUUUGCGUACCCUUUGCCUGGCCUACGCCAUCAUCCCCGAAGAUGAGUAUAACGCCUGGAACGAACAGUACAAGGAGGCUGCCAUCUCCAUCCAGGACCACGACGCCAAGAUGGACCGCGUCGCCGAGCUCAUCGAAAAGAACCUCGUCCUGCUCGGAUCGACAGCCAUCGAAGACAAGCUGCAGGUUGGUGUGCCCCAGGCAAUUGCCAACCUGGCCAAGGCCAACAUCAAGAUCUGGGUGCUCACUGGUGACAAGCAGGAGACUGCCAUCAACAUUGGUUUCUCGUGUCAGUUGCUCACGUCUGACAUGAAGAUCAUCAUUCUCAACGGCAAGACACAGGGCGACGUCAACGAGCAGAUUCGCUCGGCCAUGGACGCCUACUUCUCAGACAACAUUGUCGACUUCCCUCACAGCGGCUUUGCACUCGUGGUCGAGGGCAGCUGUCUCAACUUUGCCCUCGAGGGCGAUUUGAGAGACCCCUUCCUCAACCUGGCCUCCAAUUGCAAGGCCGUCAUCUGCUGCCGUACCACCCCACUGCAAAAGGCGCUCGUGGUCAAGCUUGUGCGUGACUCUCUGUGCGCCGUGACUCUGGCCAUUGGUGACGGUGCCAACGACGUUUCAAUGAUCCAAGCAGCCCACAUUGGUGUCGGUAUCAGUGGAAACGAGGGUAUGCAGGCCGUAAUGGCCAGUGACUACUCGAUCGCCCAGUUCCGCUACCUCUAUAAGCUGGUAGUUGUGCAUGGCCGCUGGAACUACAAGAGAAACAGUCGUCUGAUGCUGUACUGUUUCUACAAGAACAUGGUGUUUGCCAUGACCCAGUUCUGGUUCGGAAUCUACAACCUCUACUCGGCACAGACACUCUUUGACUCUUUCUCGAUCGCCGUGUUCAACGUCAUCUUCACCGGUCUGCCCAUCAUUGUCUACGCCAUCUUUGACCAGGACGUCAGUGUCGAGAGCUCCAUGAAGUAUCCACAGCUAUACAAGUCUGGCCAGAAGGACUCAGAGUUCAACCUCAAGAUCCUCUGGAUCUGGCUGGGCGAGGCCUUGUGCCACUCGGUUGUCAUCUUCUUCUGCGUGCGCGCUAUCUUUAUGCACGGCGGACCACUCCUAACCAACGGCCUGAACCUAGACUUUUGGUGCAUGGGCGAGCUGAUGUUCAUCCUAGUCGUAUGGACCGUCUCACUCAAGCUGGCGCUCGAGACUCGCUACUGGACCUGGUUGACACACUUCUCCAUCUGGGGCAGUAUGCUGAUAUGGUUCCUGUGGCAGGCGAUCCUUGCCUCGCUCUACAACGCCUCCAGCUCGGCAUCGGGCGACCUCUAUUUCACAGCCUUUAAACUUUGGAGCUCAGCCCUCUUCUGGCUGGCAUUGGCCUGUAUCCCCAUCAUCUGUCUCAUCCCAGACAGUCUGUACAAAAUCAUUCAGCGUGACGUCACUCCCUAUCCCUACCAGAUUGUGCAGGAGAUUGAGAAGGUCAAGGGCAAGCCCGAUCCAAUGGUCUUUGUCGAGAAGGGCCUUGGUGCAGGUCCACAGGGUACCAUCGAGGAGUUCAAGGUCAGCGAUGCCAACAACAAGGACAAGAAGAAGAAGAGAAUCCCAUUCUUUACAUGGAUCAAGUCAAGCAAAGUAUCAAAGAAGAACACAGGAUUCGCAUUCUCACAUCCAGGCGAGAACUAUGGAAGUGAAGGCAAUGCCCAACACUUGUAG